AUGCCCGUCAUCUCCCCCCUUCCUUUCUCGCUUUUGCCAGCGCCGGCUGCUCCCGCGGCGUCGCGAGCUCGCUGGAACAGCUUCCCGCACCACCGGCUUUUGCGAGUUGAAACAAAAGCAGGCAUGUGCAGCAACGGUUUUGAUUCAACUAACUGCCUUCGUAUGGAGGAGGUUGAGCCGAAUUUAUCCCCAUUUCUCCACAAGCUUUUUAAAGAGUGGGAUGACUGCAAGGCGAGGGGAUUGUUUCACCACAACAUCACUACCUGUGAGACCAAGGUGCUACCUGGAGAACACAAUUUUGUUGCAACAUUGAUAGAAGGGCGUGACCAGAAGAAGCGGCCAACUGAAUUUGGAAUGAACCAAGUCCUCCAACCAUUUCAUAGUGACAAGUUCAAUUUCACUAAAGUUAAACCGGAGGAGGUGAUCUUCAGGUUCCAAGAAACUGAGAAUGAUUCUGCCCAGUAUUUUGACGGAGCUCCUCCCACUGUUUCAGCUUCUCCUAGCAGCAUUUUGAUCAACGUGAGCCCAAUCGGGUACUGUCAUGUGCUUUUGAUCCCUCAAAUCCAGGAAUGCUUGCCGCAAAGGGUUGAUCGAGAGAGCUUCUUACUGGCCAUGUACGUCGCAAGGGAGGCAAAGAAUCCAUUCUUCAGAGUUGGCUAUAACAGUCUGGGUGCUUUCGCAACAAUCAAUCACCUCCAUUUCCAAGCAUACUAUCUGAAAGUGCAGUAUCCAGUCGAAAAGGCGCCAACAGAAAAGCUCACAGUCGUAGGGAACGGUGUCAGCAUUUCUCAGCUGGUGCGGUACCCAGUAAGCGGCUUUGCAUUUGAAGGGGGAGCGAGCCUGGAGGAUCUGUCACAGGUCGUCUCAGAUGCAUGCAUCUUCUUGCAAGAGAAUAACAGACCUUUCAAUGUCCUUAUCUCUGAAUCUGGCAAGAGAUUAUUCCUUCUACUACAGUGCUACGCUGAGAAGCAGGCUUCCGGGAAGGCGAGCCAGGAAUUCCUCGACAUGAGAAUCAACCCAGCGGUGUGGGAGCUCAGCGGCCAUCUGGUUCUGAAGAGGAGGAAGGACUACGACGAAGCAUCUGCGGCAACACUAUGCGGGUUUUUGGUUGAAGCGUCCCUGUCUGAAGCAGAGUUCCAGGAGCUGAAGAAGUGCGUCUUGGAGUUCCUGGCCAGUGCAAGUCCUGAAAAGUGA